GUUUUUUUCCCCCAAAAAAAUAUUGCAAGUGGACCUUAAUGAUUGUAGCACAUUUGUAGCAAUUCAUAUAGUUUGGAAAAAGCUCACAUUUUUGUAGACCAAAUUCAACUGAUAUAACAAGACAGGUUCAUUGAAUUUCUCUGCCCUUUAUGGCUAAAUUGAUACUAUACAAGUAAAAAAGAUAUAAUGGCACUUUCCAUGUCCCUUAGUACAACAAAGGGUAGAUGUAAGAAUGUUUUACAAUCAACAGCCUUUUCAUGUGUUUAUGCUUUGGAUUUCUUCGAAGAGUCAGUCUGAUGCUCAUUUAUCAGGGAAUAAACACGAUUAACUCAAAAAGGUAUAAUUUGAGUACAGGUAGUCCUCAAUUUACAACAGUUUAUUGACUUUAAAAUGACUUGAAAGUGUCUUUAAAAAUGCAGCAGAAGGAAAAGAGCAGGGCCAAUAAUGUUAGUUCUCCAUUGAUUUUUGUAAGAGAUGACAGUAUUUAACACAGUUCUGCAUUUGCAGAUCCUUUCUUUUUAAAUGUUGAGGGCCAGCAAAAAAAAAAAACCUUAGAAUUUUGGAUAGAGAAUUAGAAAGGCAUUUUCAUGCAUGGGGCUGUCCUAUAUCACUCUUUUCUCAAGUUUUAGAUGUUUUGAUCUAAAGAAUGGGUAAAGAAUUUAUUGAAAGGAAGGGACAAUGAAUCCUGAGGAGUAAGCAUGGUAUCAAUGAUUGUGAGAAUGCAUAAGGAACAGUGCUUCUCCAGUUAACGAAACAAACAAAAACUAUCUAAAUAUUCUGGAUGCCCAUCAAAUUAAUCUGAUUUAUAAAAUUUACAAUGGCUGUUCUUUCCCCAAGGGUCAAGAAAUAUCGCAGUUCUUGAUCACUCUGAACAAUAAUAAGGAUCGUCAACUUUUUCUUCAUUUCUCCCCACCUUGCUGGGCAAACACAGUGCCCUGUUAGAAAAAUGUAAAGUGAACUGCUCCCUAAAUAGGAGCCAUUUUAAGCCAACAAGAGCAAAGCUAUGGGUUCUGCUGCGAAUUAGGAAGCUUUGCUGGCCGUUGCUGCUGCUGCUGUUGCUGAAAAUGUUGAUCUGAAAUCCGCUCCUGUGGUUGAAAGUAGAUUGCCAGCUUCGUGUAUGAGGUUAUUUUAGUCCCAGAUACAGGCUUGUCGCUGCGUUGCCAGGUUUCCUGUGGCCACCUCCUCUUGCUAAAGCCAGACUUUUGCCUAGGGCGGUGGGGAAGGUGUUUUUUUAUAUGUUCCCAACUAACCUGCCUUGGCGCUGCUGUCAGUGCCUCGGCAUACUGAAGAGAAUAGUUCUCUAGCACUUGAAAAAAGUGUUGCCUUCUCUGGAAGAAAGAGGCAGGACUUGAGCUUUCAAAGGAAGUGAAUGGGAUAGGUCAGGAGACUGUACCAUUUCUGAACUCCCCUCUUCCUUUUAUAUUCAUCUGUCAGAUACAGUAGGCGUGCUCUGUGCCUGCCGAGCUCGCUCGAUGCAAAGCAGGGGGAAAGCAAUCUAAAACGGAGCUGCUCGGAGGAAGCUUGCUCGUCCCUCACCCCGAGAUCUCUCUUUCCAGUCCCUUCUCUCCUCUCUCUCUGGAUGCUACAAGAACUUGGGAUCUUGUUGGAAGCUAUUUAAAAACUAACAUGGUUUAAUCCUCUAACUGCAUGUUGGGUAAAUUGAAAGCCCGCACAUGGUCAUCCUCUUGCAAGGGAAUAAGUAGCAUCCGAUGGACAUUUUCUCUGCUUACAGCAUAGUAAUGAAUGUCUGACAGGCGCGACCUUUCAUAAGACAGCGUACAUUAUUGGCUUCCUGCCCAGAUUAUUGCUGCAAUCCUAUCUGUGAUUGGUUAUCUCUCUAUCAUGCCUUGCUUCAGAAGGGGAAAACGGCCCCCUUUUAAUAAAUCUGUGAUGGCUGGCUGCAAUAUGCUAUACUGUUGGUACUAAGAAGUGCCUUUCCUGACGUCUCUGCUGCUUGGAAUCGCUUCUAGAGCAGUCUCUGCUUUUGCCUUGCUUGCUGCCAGCUAGACUGCAACGACACCACAUCCACCCUCACCUCUCGCCCAGCCACCCCUCCCCUCUAAGCAUCAGGCAUUGCCCUAGGCUGCUUUAGUUAAUCUUACAGAAAUAAAAGUUUGCUGGAAAAGUGAGCAGUCUUCUGCCAGGAAAAGAAAGGGGGAAAAAAAAUCCCAGAGGAGGUGAAAAAAAAGAGAGAUCCAAACCAGUUUCUUGAUUUGUUGCUCUAAACUGCUGCAUCUGUCUGUGCCAAACUAAUCAUUACCAAUUGCACCACACCAAAAAUUAAGAACAAAUAAUUAUUGCAGAUUCAGCUGUGUGUGGAGAGAAACUUUUCCUGAGAGCAGCUUGAAAAAUUCUGUGUCCGAGGGUCUGCCACGUUUUUUUGCUGCUUGCGUUUGGGGCUCCAAAUCGGCAUUCAGAAUGGGUUACUGAGAGCACAAGGCUAGUUCGAAGGCACACUUUUAAAUGGUCCUCUUACUUUUGAUCCUAGCAUUUCUCUAAGUUUAACCUCCCCCUUCCCCCUUUUGAUUGACAGUUUCAUGCUGUGACUUUCUAGAGGGAAUAUCUCUUCCUUACUGUCGCAACAACACAAUUUUACAUCUUUUACCAUUGGGCUCGGGAACUGGGGAAAUAUUUUGGAGGUGACAUUUUUCAUCAUUUCCAGUCUUAUCAGUUUGGCCUUUUUUAAUUUGUUCAUUUCAUUGACAAUUUUAACUACCUGUAAAAUCUAAACAUGGCUGUAAGUGUCACACCAAUCCGGGACACAAAAUGGCUAACACUGGAAGUAUGUCGAGAGUUCCAAAGAGGGACUUGCUCACGACCAGAUGCGGAAUGUAAAUUUGCACAUCCAUCGAAAAGCUGCCAAGUUGAAAAUGGACGCGUAAUCGCCUGCUUUGAUUCAUUGAAAGGACGAUGCUCAAGGGAGAACUGCAAAUAUCUUCACCCACCACCACACUUAAAAACACAGUUGGAGAUCAAUGGCCGCAAUAACCUGAUUCAGCAGAAGAACAUGGCCAUGCUGGCCCAACAAAUGCAACUAGCCAAUGCCAUGAUGCCUGGUGCCCCAUUACAACCAGUGAACCAUAUCCCUCAGACAUUCCAAAAAAGAGGGGGGGAGGGAUCUGCAUAUUUCAUCGACACUGAUUGCAUUUAUCAAUACCAAACACUAAAGUUCCUGGGAUCAGUUGCUGGCUCAAAUGCCUUCCUUGAACAGGAAGCUUCUUCCAUGUAUGAGAGGCCAAUGUUUUCAGUUGCACCAAGCCUAGCCACCAACGCUUCAACAGCCUUUAACCCCUAUUUGGGGCCAGUUUCUCCUGGCUUGGUCCCAGCAGAGAUCUUGCCAACAGCACCAAUGCUGGUUGCAGGGAAUCCUGGUGUGCCAGUUCCUGCCGCUGCAGCAGCAGCAGCACAGAAGCUAAUGCGGACGGACAGAUUGGAGGUAGGAAAUAAUUUGCCUCCCAGUUCUGGUUGUUUUGAUCAGCCAGGUAUGGCUCAUUGAUUCUCUAAAUGUAAU